UGCGUGAGCCGUGACGUCACCGGACCACGCACAUCCAACGCGUGUGCGUGGGAAAUGUUUCCUGUGCGGGUCUGAUAGAGCUAAACACGCGGAGGGAAUUAUGAUAUCAAAUCACCUUCGCGCACUCAUUUUAAAAUAAUCAUCCUCGUGUUACUAAAAUACAUAUUUUACAAUAACCGCGUGAGAACAAACAGUCGCUUGAAAAUCAGCAUCGGACACAAAAAGGCCCAGGACUGAAUCUCAUCCAUCCCAGCAUGGACGGGGAUGGAGAUGGUCCGAGCCGCUGGUGUCUGUCCCAGGUCAAAGGUGCUGUCGAUGAUGACAUAGCUGAAGCUGACAUCAUCUCUGCGGUGGAGUUCAAUCAUUCUGGAGAGCUGCUGGCCACUGGAGACCGGGGUGGGAGAAUAGUGAUCUUCCAGCAAGAACAAGAGAGUAAGAACCUUCCGCAGUGUCGUGCGGAGUAUAACGUCUACAGCACGUUCCAGAGUCACGAGCCCGAAUUCGACUAUCUGAAGAGUCUGGAAAUCGAGGAGAAGAUCAAUAAGAUCCGCUGGCUUCCCCAAAAAAAUGCUGCCCAUUUUCUGUUGUCAACGAAUGAUAAAACCAUCAAGCUUUGGAAGAUCAGUGAGAGAGACAAGAGACCUGAGGGGUAUAAUCUGAAAGAAGAAGACGGACGUUACCGUCAUCCAUCUUCUCUGACGACGUUACGGGUUCCUGUAUUCCAGCCUAUGGAUCUGAUGGUUGAAGCGAGUCCACGACGGGUGUACGCCAACGCUCACACGUACCACAUCAACUCCAUCUCGGUCAACAGCGACCAUGAGACCUAUCUCUCUGCCGACGAUCUCCGGAUCAAUCUAUGGCACCUGGACUUCACCGACCGCAGCUUUAACAUCGUUGAUAUCAAGCCAGCUAACAUGGAGGAGCUGACGGAGGUGAUCACAGCGUCAGAGUUUCAUCCUCUCCAGUGUAACACGUUUGUGUAUGGCAGCAGUAAAGGCUCAGUACGGCUGUGUGACAUGAGGGCGUCUGCUCUGUGUGACCAACACUCCAAAUUGUUUGAGGAACCUGAGGACCCCAGCACACGGUCCUUCUUCUCUGAAAUCAUCUCAUCCAUCUCAGAUGUCAAGUUCAGUCACAAUGGGCGUUACAUGAUGACCAGAGACUAUCUGACGCUGAAGAUCUGGGACCUUCAUAUGGAGAGCCAACCUGUGGAAACACACCAGGUCCACGGUUAUCUUCGAGGUAAACUGUGCUCACUGUAUGAGAACGACUGUAUCUUUGAUAAGUUUGAAUGCUGCUGGAGGGGUGACGACAGUGAGGUAAUGACAGGCUCCUAUAACAACUUCUUCCGGAUGUUUAAUCGCGACACCCAACGGGAUGGGACCCUGGAAGCCUCCUGGGAAAAUUGCUCCCCAGGCUGCCCGGUCAAGACCUGGCGGGUGUGCGCGGGAAGCAGGCGUAAGAGGAACGAGAUCGGAGUGGACUGCCUGGACUUCAGCAGAAAGAUCCUCUACACCUCCUGGCAUCCUCAGGAUAACAUUGUUGCCUUGGCAACAGUCAAUAACCUUUAUGUAUUCCAGGAGAAACUGAAUCAGGAAUUUUAAUCUGGUUAAGGAGUUAGACAGGAUUCGUUCUAAACUAGUAUCCAUGCACAAACUCUCCGGAAAAUCAUAUUAACCUCUGUAGUCUGGGAAAACCUUUUUGGAUUAUUAUGUACGUUGAAACACUGUCGACUGAAAGAAGGGGUUUGUUUCUUUUUGUUUGUUUUUGUUGAGCUGUCAUGUUUAGUUUUAAACGUCAAGUCAUCAGAUUCAUUGCAGACACGUGACCCGCAGAAUCUAGUUCAGAAAGUUUGCAUAAUCAUGACACUGAAUCAAUUGUACGAAACCUUAAAAUUCUCAUGCACUAAUCGCCCCUUGAAAGUUCCUCUCUUUUGAACUCAGGCCUUGUGUGCCAGUAACUCAGUUUAAUGCCUGAGAUUCGUCCUCAAGUGCAAUUGACUUGACGCAGGGUUCCUGAAUAACUACAUUGUUUCUGAUUAAAUCCAUUAUGGGUAGACCAAUUGUGGCAUUAUUUUAUGCAAUAUCUUAAUCUUGGUCAAAUAGAGACUUGGUAAUUGGUCUCUUACUGUUUUAUAGGGAGACGCAAAUGUUUUAAGACCUAAGUACGUACAUAUUUGUGCAGAUGUGCAUGUUUUAUAACGUCUUAUGAUUUUGGCAUCUUGUGUGUGAUUUCUUUGCAGCCUUUUAAUAUGAAAUGGGUCCUGUGAGAAGAGAAUGCUCUAGAUAUUUUUAUAUGAAAUAUUGUCCUAAACAGUAUUUAGUGUGUUUCACGCAGUCAUGUUACUGUCUAUGAGCUGUUGAUUGAUGCAGAAUGAUUCUGUAUAAUUGAGUGUUUACACGGAGAUCAGGCCUGCUGUAUAUGAACAAACGCUGAUGUAUGUUUCAUUUUGUCCUAAUAGUUGUAAAACCCAAAUGUAAAAUAAAACUUAAUUUUAAGAC